AGCAUCGUACCAAAGCAUCUGAAAUGGCAAACCUGAAGACUGGUGAAGCAGACGACUGGAUCAAAUCUCUUAUUCAAGAGUCCAACAAGGCCAAAGAGUUCUCUUACUGUCCUUACAGUCAACUCCAAGUGGGCUCAGCCCUGUUAACAGAAGAUGGAAAGAUUUUCUCAGGCUGCAAUGUUGAAAAUGCCUGCUUCUACCUUGGUCUGUGUGCAGAGAGGAACGCUAUAAACAAGGCUGUUUCUGAAGGAUACAGGAAAUUUAAGGCCAUAGCUGUUUCCAGUAACCUCGAGGACCGGGUGAUCCCUCCUUGUGGCGCCUGCCGACAGGUCAUCAGAGAGUUUGGUGAUAUCCCCGUCUUCAUGACCAAGGUGGAUGGAUCCUACACCAUGAUGACAUUGGAGGAGCUGCUCCCACUAUCAUGGGGUGCUGAGUACCUGGAGGAGCUGGACUUUCCAAAAACAGUCUAACAUCUAGUAGAUGUCAUCAUGCAUGAAGUGAUGUGCACUGUUCAUUUUUUUGUGACUCCCAGCUUUGAGUGUUAUAAGUGUAUGAACAGACAACAAUUGAAAAUAAAAGGAUCUGAUGAAUACAUUUCA